AUGAAAAUAAAAACAAUUUUUACAACUCUUAAAAGCUCCCAGAACCAGAACGAACCAAAAAAUGUAAGAAGAAAGGAAACCAGAUGCAGGAAUGUUUCAACACUUCAGGGCAAAGAUGUCAUUGUUUCAAAAGAUUUACAUUGUCAUAGAUUGGAAGGUGGUGAAUCUACUGACAGCUAA